UUUAUCAAAUGGACGUGAAAAAUGCUUUCCUUAAUGGUGUUCUUCUUGAGGAGGUCUACAUGCAACCUCCCCCUGGGUCUACUUGUCCACCUCAUAAAGUCUGCAAACUUCAGCGUGCUUUAUAUGGUCUCAAACAAGCUCCGCGCGCUUGGUUUGCCAAGUUCAGCUCUACUAUUCAUGACUGUGGUUUCACCUCCAGUUCUUAUGAUACUGCUCUUUUUAUCCGGAAAACUGCUCAAGGGACCACCUUGCUUCUCCUUUAUGUGGAUGAUAUGAUUUUCACCGGUGACGAUCUUGAUGGUAUUGUAUGCCUUAAACAGUUUCUUAGCCAUCAUUUCGAGAUGAAAGACCUUGGUCCUCUAAGCUAUUUCUUGGGUCUUGAAAUCUUCCAUGAUUCCACGGGGUCUUUUCUCUCUCAGGCUAAGUAUACAUCUGAUCUUCUCACCCGCGCUGGUCUUACGGAUUGCAAGACUGCCUCCACUCCCCUGGAGCCUCAGAGUCAUCUUACACCUCUUGAUGGCACUCUUCUCUCUGAUGCUACCCUAUAUCGUCAGCUCGUUGGCAGCCUUGUCUAUCUCACUGUUACUCGUCCUGAUAUUGCCUAUGCCGUUCAUAUUGUCAGCCAGUUUAUGUCCGCUCCUCGUACCCCUCAUUAUGCUGCAUUAGUUCGUAUCCUUCGUUAUCUCAAAGGUACCUUGUUUCAUGGACUUCAUUAUUCCGCCCGCUCCUCUCUCCAGCUUCGUGCCUUUUCUGAUGCUGAUUGGGCUGGGGAUCCUACUGACCGGCGCUCUACUACCGGGUUCUGGCUUUUCUUGGGUGAUUCUCUUAUUUCUUGGCGCAGCAAGAAACAAUCUCUUACUGCUCGCUCCAGUACUGAGGCUGAAUAUCGUGCUCUUGCUGAUACUACUCAGGAACUUCUCUGGCUUCGUUGGCUUCUUGCUGACAUGGGUGUUUCCCCCUCUGGCGCUACUGCCCUCUUUUGUGACAAUCAAAGUGCUCUUCAAAUUGCUCACAAUGAUGUUUUUCAUGAUCGCACCAAGCACAUU